UCUAGCGGUGAGCCCAUGAAGCUGUAAUGACAACACGAACGAAACAGACGAAGGGCGUACUUGAAACAUGGCAGUGUUCAGUGUUUACAUUGUGAGCAAAUCUGGCGGCCUGAUUUUUCACUACGAUCACCCCAGCAUGCCCAAGGUAGAGGUUGAGAAGACGUUCAGCUACCCUCUGGACAUUAUCCUCGCAUACCAUAAUAUAUUGAAGCGUGUGGUGGUGACAUUUGGGCAGAGGGACGGCGUUUGUGGCGGACACACGGUUCUCGCGAUUAACGGCAUCCCAGUCGUUAGCCGAGAGCUUGAAGAUGGACGUGAUGUUCUCGACGUUAUUGCCAACGAGGAAAACUACCCCAUCAGCAUCAAGUUCGGGCGUCCCAAGCUUACAACAAAUGAGCGCAUCGUCCUGGCUAGUACAUUCCAUUCCUUCUAUGCAAUCGCAUCUCAGCUGUCGCCAGAACCGAAGUCAUCGGGCAUCGAAGUGCUUGAAGCGGACACGUUUAAGUUGUAUUGCUACCAGACGGUAACUGGGAUAAAGUUCAUUGUGCUCGCGGACAAUAAGCAGACAGGGGUGGAGGCUCUUCUGAAAAAACUGUUCGAAGUAUACGCGGACUACGCGCUGAAGAAUCCGUUCUACUCAUUGGAAAUGCCAAUUCGAUGCGAACUGUUUGAUAUUAAUUUGCAAGCGACGAUCGAACAAAUGGAAAAGACCGGGAUCAGUAACAUAUGAGUAGCAGAGUGAUACGCUGCCAGUGUUUGUGCUUGGAAACUAGAAUGUCACUAUAAAGGCUGUGCAAAAUGA